AUGAGAAGCGAAGGUUGCAAAACAAACAAGCGAGGCAAGUUGAUGAAAACAGUACGUCUACCCAUCAGAAUUCUAUGCAAGGCAAGAGACAUGUACAUUAAGAAUAUGGUUGAUUGUUCUGGCAGGCUUGGUUACGGUGAAGGGGUAGUUUGUCAUUCUCCUCCUGAAGCUCCACGCUUGCCUAAGAGCUUUAGUGUCGGUUCUUCUGUGGCAAACAACGGUGAAGAGUUUAGACAAUUUCUACGGGUGACAGCUAAGCAUGGCAUAGAUGGUAAAGUAGAGCAGAAGAUGCAACGAGAACAACACUCAAGGGUGAAUGGAAGAACCAUGGGAACAGCAGCUAUCAUGGGAAGGAGAAGCUAUAGUGUCGGGAUUGGAAAGAUUGGGAGAAUUGAUGAGGACAAACCUUGUUUCUUUGAGGAAGAUGAAAUUUCUGCUAUGGCAGAUCUGAUGUAUCCACGUAGGAGGAAUCUGAUAGUGCAUCUCUAG